AUGUCGGCACUAGGUGUCCCCCUAGGGCAGCAACCGCCUAUCCUCGAAAAACUAUUUCAGGUGGUACAAGCUGCUGUUCCGGAGCGCCGCAUUAUUGUGGUCAUUGCAGACGUGGCCGUGCGGUUAUUGGGUAGUUUUGAUGAGCAUCAUGAUGACACUGACAUUAGUAGACUUACCAGGGAAUACCCCAUUGCCAUUCAAAUAAAUUAUUCUAGCACCAGUGAAUUAUAUGCAUUGAGUGAGGUUGACUAUCAUGGUGUCGAUGAUAGGGUCACAUGGGAGUCCUUUGAAACUCAUAGGGUCAGGUUUGUUCCUGCAACUACAUCAUCCAUCAUGAGCUUGCAGAAAGUGAGAAUAGACAAAGAUACUAUCAAACAGAACCCAUCAUGUGCCAUUUGUAUAAACGACUUUGCUGAAGGUGGUGUCGAUCAACUGAUUACUCUUUUGCCUUGCGCACACCAUUAUCAUCUAGAUUGCAUUGUCCCGUGGCUGAAGACGAGUCACUUGUGCCCCCUGUGUCGAUACCCAAUGCCAACUGUGGAAGAGGCAGAGUCUUCAAAUCCUUCAAAUCCCUAA